CCGGACGUCGCUCGCUGCCAUCCACGCUGCGCAAUUGGGGUCGAGCAUCACAAUGAGCGCACGCACACCCGCACGGCGGCUUGGGCAGUCUGGUUAGUACCUGCGUGUCCCCCAGCGGCCCUGCGUGAUGCCCGCACACACUGCGCAUCGGCUCGCCCGCAGUCCGCGUGCAGCAGCUGACAGCGAACAGCCCUCGCCUUCCGCCCUCGGUCGACGCAAUGGACGGCGCUCCCCACAAUUGCACAGCGCAAUGCCUCGACGAAGCCCAAGGCCGACGCUGACCUGUCGAAUCCGCUGCUGGAGCAGUACCUGCAGCAGCAGGAGGAGUCCGCGCGCGAAGCCAGCCAGGAGGCAGCCCAGCCCGCGCCGGAGGAGAAGCCGCAGCAGAACAUGUCCAGCAGCCUCCGCGACGGCGGCUCAUUCAGCCGCCCAUCGCCCCUCUUCGAUCCCAGCCGGCUGAUCCCCGGCUACCGCUCCAAUGCGCCUGCGGCAGAGAAGGAAGCCCUGCAGGCCGAGGCCGAGCAAAGGAGGCUGGUCGUGGAGCAGGAGCAAGAAAAGCGAUUGCUCAGCAUGCACCUCGACCCCGACCCCGCUGCACGCCGCAGACUCGAGCGCAAGCUGGUCAUCAAGGGCGUCCGCAAGUUCGGCCGCAUGACGAAAGCUGCCAAGAUUGCCCGCACUGAGCGCUCGUCCCUGUACAAGUCGCACCUCCUGCCGACCUCGGUCAAGAAGAUCCAGAAGAUCUUGAGGCAGAUCCAGGGCAAGACCAUCUCAGACGCACUCGUGCAACUGCGCUUCUCGCCAAAGAAGGUCGCAAGAGACAUCAUGAAGGGUCUAAUCAUUGCCCAGGACGAAGCCAUCGCCGGUCGCGGUAUGGGUCUGGGCGACAAGCAUGCUUUGAAGAAGUGGACCGAGCAGAGGAACGAGGUGGCCUCAACAUUAGCAGAGCUGGAUGAGAAGAUACCCAAGACAAAGGGCGCCAGCACGGUGAUUGAGCUCAAGGGCGGAAAGAAGAAGCUGGUCAAGGACCCCACAGAGAUCUACAUCGAUCAGGCAUGGUGUGGAAGGGGCGAGAGCUGGCAAACCCCUUCGUUCAGAGCGAGAGGAGCGGUGAACAUGCUGACACACAGGACGACCACUUUCACGUUCCUACUCAAGGAAGAGAAGACACGGAUGCGUAUCUCGGACGAGAUCAAGAAGAAGCGUGACAACCGCAAGCUCUGGGUCGCUCUGCCCGAUCGGCCAAUUACAGCGCAACGACAAUACUGCCUGUGGUAGACGUAUGAGUUUAGUGUACAACAUAGGGAUCCGUGUGUGAAUAAGCAUAGAACAGCAUGAGUUUACGAGCUUGUAACAUCAACAUUUGGACCAUCACAGCGAGCUCAUCACCGGCGGUUUAGUGCUCCUGGGAGUGAGACGCAACUAAUGGCUGACACAGAUCUCGAUCAUAUAAGAUCACGUGGCCUCCUGCCACAUCUGGG